CAGUAUAAAUAGAAGCACACUCAGAGCAGGCACAGGACGGAAACUCAUGAUGAAUUGUUAGGGCACGUUGAGUUGGUUCUGUCAAUGCCUGCAGUCAGAUGAUUUCACUGGCUCUACGGGAUGAAAUCUCAUAUUUCAAUGUAUAAGUAAAAGUGUCAAAGUUCAGCUGAAGCAGGGACGAUUACAGAGCAAAUUUUGUGUGUAUUUGUAACUAGGGCUGCAGAGCAAUAGAGGAAGCAAAAAUGAGCCGGAAAAACAAGGGGAGUUUAAAGGAGAGAUUUGCCUUGAAGAACAGCUUUGCUAAAGAAGCCCUCUCAGAAUUCCUGGGAACUUUUAUAUUGAUACAGCGUGGUUUCUCUCUGACAAACACUGCACAGCCUUGAAUGAAUUGCUUCUAUUUAUGGCGCUUGGAUGUGGGUGUGUGGGGCAGGCUGUCCUCAGCCGAGGUGCCCAUGGUGGGCCCAUGACAGUGUCUGUUGGAUUUGCAGUGGCCGUCACCAUGGCAGUGUAUGUGUCUGGGGGCGUUUCUGGUGGUCACAUAAACCCAGCAGUUUCAUUAGCCAUGUGCGUGACUGGAAGAUUAAAAUGGACCAAAUUACCAAUUUACAUAUUAGCACAAUUCCUGGGAGCAUUUGUUGGAGCAGCGGCUGUCUUUGGGAUUUAUUACGAUGCCUUCAUGGAUUACAGCAAUGGAAAACUUGAAGUCACAGGACCUAAUGCAACAGCACAUAUCUUUGCAACGUACCCUGCUCCAUAUCUAACCCUCAUAAAUGGAUUUGCAGAUCAGGUGAUGUCAACAGCUGUUCUUCUUCUGGCUAUAUUUGCUAUUUUUGACACGAAAAACAAAGCAGUACCAAAGGGCCUGGAGCCAAUUGCAGUAGGACUCCUGAUCAUUGUACUUACAUGCUCCUUGGGAAUGAACAGUGGCUGCGCCAUGAACCCAGCCAGGGAUCUAGGCCCGAGGCUCUUCACAGCUGUGGCAGGAUGGGGAAUGGAAGUAUUCACGGCUGGAAAUAAUUGGUGGUGGGUCCCGAUAGUGGCACCUAUGCUGGGGGGAGUACUUGGAGCUGUUACCUACGUAGUUUUUAUUGAAAUUCAUCAUGCAGAUACAGAGCCAGGAGAAGAAAAUGACUUACGUGAUAAAUAUGAACUUACUAGUAUGGAUUAGAAAAGUGAACAAUUUGUUUCUUUCAUACUGUUUUUAGUCAAAUGAUUGUUUGGACCAUUUUAUAAAAAUUGUAUGCCUCAAUUAGAAAUACACCUUUCAUAGCAGAAAAUCUUUAUAGGAAACAAGUUAAAAACUAACCUCUUUCAUGAAACAGCAGCCUGAUCACAUUCAAAACUGGAAUUAAGUUACUGUUUUCAGGUGAAUAAAUUGUUCCAUCACAUCAGGU